AUGAUCUUUAGGAUGCUUCAUAACAGAUUUUUAUCUAGGUAUGAAAACCAGAUCACGAUUUUGUCAGACUACUUAGAAGAAUUUCCAGAAACUGAUGAGCCCGCGUGGAUUCUGGGAAGGCAACACCACCUAAACACAGACAAAUCUAAGUUCUUGCUGGAUAUAAGUGCUCGUCUCUGGUUUACGUAUAGAAGAAAGUUUUCGCCUAUCGGAGGCACGGGUCCUUCGUCUGAUGCUGGCUGGGGAUGUAUGCUGCGAUGUGGGCAGAUGAUGCUGGCCCAGGCGCUGAUCUGCAGACAUUUAGGAAGAGACUGGCAAUGGGAAAAACACAAAAAACAACCAGAAGAAUAUCACAGAAUCUUACGGUGCUUUCUAGACAGAAAAGAUUGCUGUUAUUCCAUCCACCAAAUGGCGCAGAUGGGUGUUGGAGAGGGGAAAUCAAUUGGAGAAUGGUUUGGACCAAAUACAGUUGCUCAAGUACUGAAGAAGCUUGCUUUAUUUGAUGAAUGGAAUUCAUUAGCAGUGUACGUAUCUAUGGACAAUACAGUGGUCAUUGAAGAUAUCAAGAAAAUGUGCUGGUCCCCUCCCCAGAGCAGCGGCGCGGCCCACAGCAGUGCACAUUUGCACAGAAGUGCUCUCGGCCGAAAUAAGAACCCAGCAGGAUUCUGCACAGGCUGGAAGCCCCUCUUGCUUAUUAUACCUCUACGGCUAGGAAUAAAUCACAUAAAUCCAGUGUAUAUUGAUGCGUUUAAAGAAUGCUUUAAGAUGCCACAGUCUUUGGGAGCGUUAGGAGGGAAACCAAAUAAUGCUUAUUAUUUCAUCGGAUUUUUAGGCAAUGAGCUGAUCUAUUUGGACCCUCACACCACUCAGAGUUUUGUAGAUUUGGAAGAAAAUGGCACAGUUGAUGAUGAGAGCUUCCACUGCCAGCAAGCCCCACACAGAAUGAAGAUCAUGAAUUUAGACCCUUCGGUAGCUUUAGGCUUCUUUUGCAAAGAAGAAUGUGAUUUUGAUAACUGGUGUAGCCUUGUACAAAAGGAGAUUUUGAAGCAGCAGAGCCUGCGGAUGUUUGAGCUGGUCCAGAAGCACCCCCCUCACUGGCCUCCCUUCGUACCCCCAGCGAAGCCAGAAGUGACGACGACCGGGGCAGAACUCAUUGAAUCUACUGACAAGCUAUUUGAGUUGGAAGAAGAAUUUGAAAUCCUGAGUGUAUGAAGGAAACUGUGGUGACCCUUCUGAGUAUUGAGCACAUUGCUAGUAUUACUGCAUUGACUUAUAUCAAACAGCCAUGUUCGCCCCAAAGUGCCUGAAAUCACAGAUAACAGAGCACAAAAACCUGGUAGCAUCCAAAACUCCGACAGUGACGGUUCCUGCUCUCAAAGAGCUUCCCCAGAUGGAAAGGCAGUAAAAGAUCUUAUAAUAAGACCCUUAAAGGGAACCUCUUUUUAACAUGUGUGUCUUUCCUGAACACAAGAGGACCUUUGAGAUUAAGGCAAAAAAUCAGUAUAUCACUGGGCUGUUUGUUAGGAGAAAGGGAUAACAACAAAUGGAUAUUUCUUGCUCUCGUAUAAUGCAAUAGUUCAGUUCUUAAAGCAAAACAGUCUUCAGUUAAGGAGGAUGUUUACUUCCGUUCCCUCCUGUGGGCUGCAUCGUAGAAAAAAUACAUUGUCUUGUUUAAAAGAUCAACUGGAUCAGAAGAAAACUGUUUCCUUGUUAAAUAUUUUAACAUGUAUUUGAGCAACCACACUUUAUUACAAAAAUGUUUCUGUAAAAGGAACUAUGUCUAAUGUAUACGUUUUGCAAUAGCCUUCCUGUUUCUGGGAAACCUCAAGAGGAACAGGAGACUCAAAUAGUCGAGAGAUCACAACCACUGUUAUAGCUACGAUAUAUUGCACCUUGACCUUAAAAUUCAGAUCAUCAAAACGCAGGCUGACUUUUCUUUCAGAGCUAAAAUGAGUCAAAGGUGGUUUAACUGUACCUUAUUUAUUUUAAAAAGGAUUUACACAAGUUUCUCUGUUACAGCACUUUAUCUGUGCAUCUAAUAAAUUUCUUAAGCUUUUCA